AUGCAGCAGUGGCAAGUCGGCCCCGUGCCGGAGUACAUCUACUCCAACUCCACCCACCAGCCUAGCGACAUGCAUCCUCAACACCCAUACCAGCAGGACAUGUCUCGUCGGGAUCAACACCCACAGUUCCAGUAUGGAGCGCCGCCUCAUCAGAGCCCGGCUCCUCAGCACCACCAGCCCACUCCGGUGCAGCCUCCGAUGAGCGUCCCCCAGCCGCCGCCUCAGCCGCCCCAGGCCCAGCCUCAGCCUCAUCAGCACCAGCAGCAUCACCAGCAGCAGCAGCACGUUCAGCAGCAGCAGCACGCUCAGCAGCACGCUCAGCAACAGCAACAACAGCAUGCUCAACAGCCCCAGCAUGCACCCCAGCCCCCGCCCCAGCCUCAGAGGAACCGCAAACGGCCGGCUCCGGCUCCGGCCCAACAGGCCCCGCCGGUCGUCACUAGCGCCCCUCCCAUGCCCGCUGCCCCUGCCGCGCCUACCGCGACUCCCAUCCCACCGCCGGCCGCCCCCGCUGUCGCUGCCCCUCCCGCUCAGACUCAGCCGGCCGCGACAGAAGAUGCUGCUGCCGCUCCUCAGCCGCCUCCGGCCAAGAAGAGCCGCACAAAUACCCCCUGGACCCCGGCCGAAGAGCUCCGUCUGAAGCAGAUGAGAGAUGCCGGGAGCAGCUGGGCUGAAAUUGCCAAGGUUCGUCUUGUUCCAGAUGUCACCCUCCUGCUCCUAGCAGUAUCUAACAUGUCGCAGACCUUCCCCACCCGUACUGAGGGCAGUGUCAAGAAGCAUUGGUACAAGGAUAUGCACUACGCUGAGUUUGCGGAAGACGAGAGCCAGGCCCUUCUCAAUGCCAUCAAGGAGUACGAAAACAACAAGUGGAAGGUCAUCGGGCAAAAAGUCGGCAAGCCCGCCAAGGCUUGCGAACAGUACGCCAAGGAGCACUUUCCCGGUAUGCCCUCUCUCAACAUCGCGUCGGCACGGCCGCAUCCACAUCAACGAUACUAA